AUGCGCGAAAAACUGAGAGUACCAAGAAGAAGAAGAAAAAGAAAAGAGCAGUGGGUGCUUUCGGGCUCGACGGAGCAGCCAUCGUCGGCAGAGGCUGUAGCACAAGGAUUAUAUGGGCAGAAGACGUCGACGACCAGGAGCCGGGAGCCUGGGUCAGCGGGAUCUGGAGCUGGAGCUGGAGCUGAAGCUGGAGCUGGAACUGGAGCUGGAGCUGGAGCUGGAGCUGGAGCUGGAGCUGGAGCUGGAGCUGGAGCUGGAGCUGGAGCUGGAGCUGGAGCUGGAGCUGGAGCUGGAGCUGGAGCUGGAGCUGGAGCUGGAGCUGGAGCUGGAGCUGGAGCUGGAGCUGGAGCUGGAGCUGGAGCUGGAGCUGGAGCUGGAGCUGGAGCUGGAGCUGGAGCUGGAGCUGGAGCUGGAGCUGGAGCUGGAGCUGGAGCUAUAGUAUCCCAUAUACUGGAAUACAACGAAAUCUGGAGCGAAAAAAUCUUAAGAAUGACAUUCAACCAUUUCAUGGAGUUCAAGAUAAUGGUUUCCACAAGGCUACGAUGUCUGGCCCGCCGAAGAUUCAGGCGGCGCAGACGAUGA